GAAUUACGUAUCUCUUUAUUUCAUUCUAGAGUGAGUCGGCAACACUGGCUAAUUCAACAUGUCUAUGAGAGUGUGUUAUUGUUGAAGAGGCAGACAUGUAAUCAUUGAAUGAUUACAUCCCAACUUACACACGAGUUCAGGCCACGUUUAAGUUGGGAUAAAACGAUCAUUCGCCCUCUAAUUAAUAUUUCUAUGAACUCAGAUUACGCAACUUUCUGUUGUCUCUAAAAGCACAACGUGUUGGUUAACAUUAGCUUGUGAUUUGUUAGCUAGCUGUCAGUUAGCUGUUAGCUAAGUGUUAGCUAGUUAUUACAGAGGUUGUAAACCUGUAUAUUUUGAGCCAAUGAAAAACUAAAUAUUAUAUGGCUGAAAGAAAUUGUAUUAUUGUGUAUUAAACGAGUUUUACUACUGAAUUGUGGAAGCUUUAACCAAGCAAUUACUUAAUUAGAUAACUUGCUAAUAAAACAGCUGCACAUAUAAUAGUAGUUUUAGUAUUUUAGUGAACCCAUUCAUUUAAAGUUUUUUACAUUACAUUUUCUUAUUCAUAAGGACAUUAUAUUUGAACAUAAAAAGUGGACCAUUUACAGCUGUUAAAAGUCUGCAUAAUGCCGGUGUUUUUCUGUGGGAAAGAGACGCUUUUAGUCUUUUCUGACUUUUUUGUCUGUUGGGACUUUGUAAACACACAUGAGAAUAUUUCGGUUUUUUGCUGCUUGUUUGUGACACAAACAUUUGGAACAAUCAGAGCUAUGGGUUUCUGUUGUUGGUCAUGUUGGUGUCGCUGGUGGUUAAACUUUGCCCUAUUUUCCCUGGUAACGUCGUUGACGUUUAACUUUGCGGCGGUGCGCAGCUUCCACUUUAAGUCAUGCGUGACGGUCCUGAAGCAAUGCAUGCUGGGUAAAAAUCUUGUCCAACCCUCUUUAGAAUUAUUGAGCAGCAAUAGGUUAUAAUAAAAAGAUAACUAAAAUAAAUUGCCAUAAAAUAGAAGAUAAAAAGUAGAAGAAGGAAAGCAGGAAGUUCUUCGCAUCAGAUUGUUCAAGCUGGACUUUGGAAACUUUACACCAGAAUAACAACUUUUUUAAAAAAUAAUUAUUUGGUUAGAAAUACAAUAAAAUAAGAACAGUUUAAAUUACAAACAUAUUUUCACUGUGUCAUCUGUUAAGAGUUCGGUUGGUUCCUUCAACUCUGGAAAAGUGUCUAAAAGGUGCUUACUGAUGAUGGUAAAAUGAAAGCUGAUGUGAUGUUUUAGCAUCAGUGUGAUUUUCACAGAUGUGUGAACCUGCCCUCCUUGUGAACACAGGGGAGUCAUACCCAGUAUUCCAGUCAUCUGCACCUCCCAGUUAUCGUGUGUGAAUGUAGCAUCAGCAGUGAGUCGGGAUGCCCCUAGAGGUUCGAUGGCCAUUCCCCCAGAGCCCUGCUUUAGCAUGGAGGAUCUCCGGCUCGCUGGUCAUGGGGGUGGUGGGCACCUACUCCUACUGCUGGACCAAGUAUAUGAAUUACCUGACGGUCCACAACCAUGAUGUUUUAUUGAACCUGGUUGAUGACAGGCCCUCUGACACGCCCCUCCUCACUCUGUCCAAUCACCAGUCUUGUAUGGAUGACCCACACAUCUGGGGUGUCCUAAAGUUCAGACAGCUGUGGAACUUCAGGAAGAUGCGGUGGACUCCAACGGCCUCAGACAUCUGUUUCACCCAAGAACUGCACUCCAGAUUCUUCAGCCGUGGAAAGUGUGUUCCUGUUUGCAGAGGUGAUGGAGUUUACCAGAAAGGAAUGGAUUUUAUUCUGGAAAAACUGAAUCAAGGAGAAUGGGUCCACAUUUUUCCAGAAGGUAAAAUCAACAUGACGGAGGAUUUCAUUCGCCUGAAAUGGGGUGUGGGUCGACUCAUAGCAGAGUGCUCCCUCAAUCCCAUUAUCUUGCCGCUCUGGCAUGUGGGUUUAAGUGACGUUCUGCCAAACGUCACACCCUACAUUCCUCGGACUGGAAACAGAGUCACAGUCCUGGUGGGGAAACCGUUUAGCCUCAAAGAGCUGGUUGAAUCCCUCCGAGCUCAAAACAAGAGCCAGAUGGAAAUGAGGAAGACGUUGACUGAUUUCAUCCAGGUGGAGUUCAGGAACCUGAGGGCCCAGGCAGAGGCUCUUCAUGGUCAGAUACAGACUAAAUCCUGAGUCCCGCCCAUCCCGCUGUUUUUAUUUGACUGCCUCUCACCAAAUCACCAGGACUGAAGAUCCUUUACCCUGACUAGGAGGGUAACACCUUUAACCCUUCAGACCCUAGGCACCCAUCAGAUCUGUUAUACCCAUAAGUUGCAUCUGGUCUAAAUGGGCUCAUACAGAGCCGUUCUGGUAUCCACUCUCCUCCUCUCGGUUGAACUCAAAGUCUUUCACAUCUCCAUCUUGCUUCUGUUGUAAAUGGUCAUCAUGGACAUUUCUGUAACUGUGGAUGCAGCACAAUCUUCGUUAUCAGUCACCUUCACAGCAAACGUCGUUUUUAUACAUACAGCUGACUUGACGGACGGAUAAAUGACUGAAUAUCGUCUGCAUUCCUGCAGUCAGAUGUCUGGAAUUUAUACUGUUUACACAUGUAAGUUCUCCUGUACAUGAGGGAUCAUCUGUUUUUGUCAUGUUCACUUCUUUUCAGCUCCUUCUUCGUCAGUACUUUAGAAAUGACGACCUUUUGUACGAACCAUUGUUAAUCAAAGCCAGUGCUCAGUGCCUCAGCCGGACUGAUCAUGUUCCUUAUGUCUGGGUGUUUCUGAAGUUGACAGCUGCAUAUAGAGAUCAUGAUCUUUCCCCAGAAUUAGACUUAUUAAACUAAAGAUUUCAGCCUGUUUGAGCCACACAAGGAGUUCAGGAUGAUAACAGCAUGUGUGGUUUAAGCCCCAAAACCAUAAACCACAGGGAAACUAGUGUUUAAACUAGUUUAUAAAGGUUUAUGUGGUUUCACUCCGACCAGUUCCACAGUUUUUUUUCUACAUUUUCUCACAAUAUUCCAGUUAUUUGCCAAUGACUGGUAAGGUGAAUCUAGAAACCUACUUGAUGCAGUCAUAACCAGCCAAGAACAGAAAACAUUCUGAUUGUGAACAUGUUUUUUUUUUGUUUGUUUGUUUUUUUAAUCAUCUAGUUUUGAUGUUUUGCUGGUAAAUUGGUUGAACAAACCUGCUACACUGUUUUAAUGAAAAUCAAACCCAAAGCUGGCCUCCUGUGGAGGAUUGGAAUUCCGAAUGCUGCAUGGAUUUAUAUCCAUAAUUUAUAGUGAAGUUAUAAAAGUCAUUCUUUAUACACUCGUCGUCACAAAUAGGAACAGAGAAAAUAUUGAAGCUCAUAAAACAGAAACAUGGUGAUCAGUUUACUGCAUCCAUCUCAUCACCU